AUGUUCCGCCUCAAUAGCUACCGAUUUAGCUUCACAAGAUGCUACCAAAAAAGUGGUUAUUACCAACCCAACAGCUUUAACAAAGAGUUGAUUUUAUCCGUCUUGAAGUCCACAGCUACCAAGAGAGAAGCCCAGAAUUAUAUGAGAAAAUAUGCCGAAAAUUCAACGUCAAACCAUUGUUUGCUGAUAAUUCGCGAUCUGCUGGAUCAGAAACUCGCAAAACUGGACCGGUUUGCUGUCACCAUCAGACAAUUGCAAAUUCUGGGAUUGAAGCCCAUGUUCUUGUUGUGUCCGCAUCGAAAUGUGGAAAAACAAACGGAAUUGCUGGACGCUUGUUUGAGGAAAAACUCUAUGCGGUCGUUAAUUCUUCCUGAGGCCCUCACGCGGGCUGCUGACGGCACUUAUAAGUCCACACUUCUAUUUGAACAUUUGAAAGAUCUGAUUCCAAUCGUGAAGCCUCGAGUUUUUGACGAAAAGUCUUGCAGUUUCACUACGAAUUUAGAUAUUGUUAAUCUCACUGACAAGUUUGUACAGCAUGUGGAUUGUCGUUUCGACAAAGUGGUCCUUUUAAGUAAUCUGGGUGGUAUUACUUCCGGUGAGCGUCACGACAACGCACAUGUUUUUAUCAACUUGUCGCAAGAGUUUGAUUCGCUUUCACAAUCUUUGAAUCAAUCAUUGGAUAUAUUGCGUUCUCAAGCAUGUAGAGAGGCGGAGUUUUCCACUGAUAUUUUGACACCAGUUCACAUUAUAGAACAACUACAACGCAGCAUAGAACUCCAACAGAGCCAUUUGGACAACCUCGAAAUAAUGAAUCGUGUACUUUCAAGGCUACCAAUCUCAUCAACAGGUCUCAUCACCGAUUUAGAUGCAGCAUCAAACCGGGACAAGAACAACCCGCUUCUGUACAAUGUUUUGACGGACCGUUCCCUUAUUUCAUCGUCUUUGCCGCGCUUCAAAAAAGAGCAACUUCCGGCUUUUGCAUGGUAUGAGCUACCGACAGACGAUGAGGCAACUGAGGACUUGAAAGAUGCGGCAUUGGUCACAACCGUUGUCAAAAAAGGAGUAGACAUCAAAGUUUUCGAUUACAGGACACUUGACAGAAGUAAUUCCAUUGGAAUGUUUGAACCACAAACCACUAAUUACUCGAAUGCGUCUUUCCCUAAAGUCGAUUUAAUCAAGCUAAAGCACAUCAUCGACUCAAGUUUCGGACGCAAACUGGAUCUCAACCACUAUCUUGAACGAAUAAAUGGGAAAAUCGCCUCAAUAAUAGUCAUCGGAGAAUAUGAAGGCGUUGCAAUAAUAACAUAUGAAGGUCCAGAGAAUGGAAGUUUCCCGUAUCUCGACAAGUUCGCCGUGUUGCCCCAUUUAAAAGGCUCCCUAGGGAUCUCUGAUAUCAUUUUCAACCUAAUGUUUCGAAAGUUUCCUCGUGAGCUUGUCUGGAGAAGCCGAAAGGAUAACGUGGUGAAUAAAUGGUACUUCCAGCGUAGUAUAGGUGUACUGGAUCUUGCGACAGACUUGGGAGGCGGUGACGCAAAGCCCAGUAUUUUCAAGCUGUUUUUCCAUGGAGAUAGCCAUGAUGCUCAAUUCAACAACCCACAGCGCCUACAGGUUUAUUCUACUUAUACAAGGGACAUAGAACCUAGCUGGGAAAAUUAA